GGGCGGAGCUCCAGGUCACGUGACUGUCCAGGCCCGCCCCCCUCUGCAGCUGAAGACUUCCCCUCCCGCAGUGACAGAGCGUCUGGGUCGGUGAUCGGUACAGUUUCUGCACCUCGCGCCCCGGCAGGUAAAUUAACAUGAUGGAUUUCUCCAAGCUACCCAAAAUACGUGAUGAAGAUAAAGAAAGCACAUUUGGUUAUGUGCAUGGGGUCUCAGGACCUGUGGUUACAGCCUGUGACAUGGCAGGUGCUGCCAUGUAUGAACUGGUGAGAGUGGGCCACAGCGAGCUGGUUGGAGAGAUUAUCCGAUUGGAGGGUGACAUGGCUACUAUCCAGGUGUAUGAAGAAACCUCUGGUGUGUCUGUUGGAGAUCCUGUACUUCGCACUGGUAAACCCCUCUCGGUAGAGCUUGGUCCUGGCAUUAUGGGAGCCAUUUUUGAUGGUAUUCAAAGACCUUUGUCGGAUAUCAGCAGUCAGACUCAAAGUAUUUACAUCCCCAGAGGAGUAAAUGUAUCUGCUCUUAGCAGAGAUGUCAAAUGGGAUUUCACACCUUGCAAAAACCUACGGGUUGGUAGUCACAUCACUGGUGGAGAUAUUUACGGAAUUGUCAACGAGAACUCGCUCAUCAAACACAAAAUCAUGUUGCCUCCACGAAACAGAGGAACUGUCACUUACAUAGCUCCACCUGGAAAUUUCGAUACCUCUGAUGUUGUGCUGGAGCUUGAAUUUGAAGGUAUAAAGGAGAAGUUCAGCAUGGUCCAAGUAUGGCCCGUACGUCAGGUUCGGCCUGUCACUGAGAAGUUGCCGGCAAAUCAUCCUCUGUUGACUGGCCAGAGAGUCCUUGAUGCCCUUUUUCCAUGUGUACAAGGAGGAACUACUGCAAUCCCUGGAGCUUUUGGCUGUGGAAAGACAGUGAUAUCACAGUCUCUAUCCAAGUAUUCCAACAGUGAUGUGAUCAUCUACGUGGGAUGUGGUGAGAGAGGAAAUGAGAUGUCUGAAGUCCUCCGGGACUUCCCAGAGCUCACGAUGGAAGUUGAUGGUAAGGUAGAGUCAAUUAUGAAGAGGACAGCGUUGGUAGCCAAUACCUCCAAUAUGCCUGUUGCUGCUAGAGAAGCCUCUAUUUAUACUGGAAUAACACUGUCAGAAUAUUUCCGUGACAUGGGCUAUCACGUCAGUAUGAUGGCUGACUCUACCUCUAGAUGGGCUGAGGCUCUUAGAGAAAUCUCUGGUCGCUUAGCUGAAAUGCCUGCAGAUAGUGGAUAUCCUGCAUAUCUCGGUGCCCGUCUGGCCUCUUUCUAUGAACGAGCUGGCAGAGUGAAAUGUCUUGGAAAUCCUGAGAGAGAAGGGAGUGUCAGCAUUGUAGGAGCAGUUUCUCCACCUGGUGGUGAUUUUUCUGAUCCAGUUACAUCUGCUACUCUUGGUAUUGUUCAGGUGUUCUGGGGCUUAGAUAAGAAACUAGCUCAACGUAAGCAUUUCCCCUCUGUCAACUGGCUGAUCAGCUACAGCAAGUACAUGCGUGCCUUGGAUGAGUACUAUGACAAGCACUUCACAGAGUUUGUUCCUCUGAGGACCAAAGCUAAGGAGAUUCUGCAGGAAGAAGAAGACUUGGCAGAAAUUGUACAGCUUGUGGGAAAGGCUUCACUAGCAGAAACAGAUAAAAUCACUCUGGAGGUAGCAAAACUUAUCAAAGAUGAUUUCCUUCAACAAAAUGGAUAUACUCCUUAUGACAGGUUCUGCCCAUUCUACAAGACAGUAGGGAUGCUGUCCAACAUGAUUGCGUUUUAUGAUAUGGCCCGCAGAGCUGUUGAAACCACUGCUCAGAGUGACAAUAAAAUCACAUGGUCCAUUAUCCGUGAGCACAUGGGGGAAAUCCUCUAUAAGCUUUCCUCCAUGAAAUUCAAGGACCCAGUGAAGGAUGGUGAGGCAAAGAUCAAGGCGGACUACGCACAGCUUCUUGAGGAUAUGCAGAAUGCAUUCCGUAGCCUGGAAGACUAGAACUGUGGUUUCUUUCCUCCUUUUCCUCAGCAAGUUCUCAUAUGUGUAGAUUUUCCUAAAUUUCUCAUCUCAAACCCUUUGCUUCUUUAUUGUGCAGCUUUGAGACUAGUGCCUAUUGUGUUAUCAUUUGUCCCCCUGUUCAUUUGGUGGGUCUUAUAGAAGACAAACAUUCCUUUGUUCCAGUUUUGAAGGGCCUCCUUGAUCCUUUCUCCGAAGUGGUGAAGGUAGUAAAUAUGAUAUACGAUGGCUACACUACUGUAAACUUGUAUGUAGGGUGACGUCUCGCCACGUCCCAGAUUUGCCCUUUCCUCAUGACCGUUACAUGGUCAACAGGACUACUGCAUGUGCUUUCUUUGCAAUGGAUUUGGAAUGGAAGGCCAGACUUCUAUACAUUUUGACAGGUACUUUGUGAAAUGACUCAAUAUCUAUGUGGUAAAGUUAUUUGCAGCUUAGCAUUUUGCUGAGUAACUGUUUUGUGGGAAAUAAUUGCUUUUUUUAAACAUGAAUGAUGAAUGUUUCUAUUAUGCGUUGCUUCUCCCAGUAUAAAUCAAGAAUAUUUGUGGGAAACUGUUGAGAACUGUACUGUUUUUAAAGCAGGCAUUUGUGGGACUCAGCACAAUAGGUGAACCAGUGCCCUCUAACAAAGUGAAAAAGGAGCCAGGUGAUCAAACUUAGAUUAACAUCAUCUUGUUAAAGCCUAUUUUAUUUCACUAGGAAAAAUUCAGUAUCAAGGACUAUUCUCCUACGUUACUAGGAAAUUCUUUUUAAAAUUACAUUUAAAAUAAUCACCGAGAACUUGAUCCACAUCACACCCUCUUUUUUUCCCUCAAACAUCUUAGAAGCCUAAGCUUCUGAAAAUCAUGUGGCAGUGUGAUGGGCAGUAAAAUGCCACAGAGAAGAUAUUUAGUCAUGGUUAAAGGCUGUUUGCACCUUUAAGGACCAGUUGGGCUUUAGUGAUUCUUGGGGCCAGAGUGGCAUUAUGUUUUUGCAAGAUAAUGACAUGUGUCACAUGUUUGCGUGUUUGCUUAUUUAAGUUUUGAACAACUAGUUUCCUGAUUGUAAAAAAUAUUAUUCUUUCAUGUGGUUUUUGAUUCACUGGCUCAAAAGAUUUCCCAGAAUAUCUGUAGUUGUAGCAGCAUAACAGUUUCCAUUCUGUUUCAUAGGGAUGAAAUUAAUUCUUAUUUUUGCUGAUAACAGAAUCUGGGUCAUGUGAAAAAAAGAUCAUUUCUUCCUGUCUUUUAAGUAUAUGUUUUAAAAUAAUAGUUUCUGUGUUUGUAUGAUAAGGCACACUGCAGAACAGCUCUGAAAACAUCAGUUUCCCAUUAAUUCUUUCUGACCAAUCGUGCUGGCACCAUUGCUUCCUCUUUGGGAAGAGGAAAGGGUAUGUGAACAUGUCUAAAAUCUCAAAUACCCAAAUGUAAUAGCAUAAAUAAAGUAUUUAUUUUAUGCGUCAGUAUGUUAUUAUUUAAAUUUUUAGGUAAUGUAUUUCUUUUGGUCUUUUAAGGAAAGAUGCAGUCAGUAGAGAGUUCAGCUAUGUUUGUUUAAAUCCUUGUAGAUUGCAUAUUCUUACAGGAUAAAUAUUCUUCCGUGUGUCUUUUUUUUAACCUUUCAGAAUAUUGGAAGAUAAAAAUUAUUCAGUGAUUUGUUGAAAUGUGGAUGUGAUGGUGCUGCUUAACCAGUUUGCUCCCAGUGUGGCCUCCUACCCAGAGGCCCUAAGACCAGUGGAAAUUAAAAGAAUUUCAAAAACUCUCAAUUCCUGCCUAAAACCUACCAGCAAACUAGGAUUGUGAUAGUAAUGAAUGAUAUGACGAAGAAAGUUUGACCAAGUUCAUUUUUUCUUGUUCUGAAUUUGCAAUGUACAUUCUUAACUCCUUUUUAAGAAUGUUGGUGGAUGGGUAUGAAGAUGCUAGAGGAACUUUGCUCAGAGUCUCACUGUAAGUGUCCCUUCACCUAUAUGUUGUAGAAUUUCACAUUGGUCACUGAUCAUAUUUCUUUAGUAAGAAUGUGUUCAAGUUACAACAAUCUUUUAAAAAGAUGAUGCAGUUCUAUAUUUAUUGUGCUGUGCCUGGUCCUAAGUGGAGCCAGUUAACAAGUUUCAUAUGUAUUUUUCCAGUGUUAAAUCUCACUCAUUGUACCCUUUGGAAAUUUCCUUCCAUCCUGACAAACGAAUAGAAGAGGUCAUAUAUAUUGCCUCCAUAUCCUUGAGGUUUCAUUAUCUUUAUGUUAAAAGUUGUGUAUAAUUGUUAAAAUCUAUAAAAGAAUAAAAAGUGGAUUUAAA